AUCUAUGAGCCAUGUGGUGUUUACUUAUUUGAUUUAAAAAAAGUAUUAAUUGUUCAUUUUUCAUAAAUCAAGAUUUUGGCUUUGCUUCUGCAUUAUUGUACAACUUGGUUUAGUUGUGCACUGCUAUGAAGGUUUAAUACAUUUAAUAUUAGAGAAAAUGCCGCUUGCUCCAGAACAUGAAUAUGAAUUGCAGCUGCCGUUCGGGCCGCCGCCCGUGCUGCCUGACGUCCAGAAGCAGCUGAAGGAGUACCUGGUGCGUCCUGACCGCCUGCCGAUACACGACUACGAGCGUGCGCAGCAGUUCUGGCCGCGCCAGACCGACCCCAGCUCCCUCUACAACUACGAUGUCACUCCUGCCGGAUCCGUCCUGAAGUUCGACAGAGACCCGUCGACCGGCAGGCUGCUGGACUUCCGGGAGGUGUGGGUGGGUGACCAGGGCAGCACCGCCAAGAACUCCAUGUCGCUGAGCCGCGCCCCCGGGCCCACGAACGAGGCAACGAGGGGCAGCGCCAACAGCUUCCCCUUCUGGCCCGGGGGCUUCCCGGAGCCCUCGCUGGAUGCCUUCACCGACCACUUGGAUGGCGACAUUGACUUUGAAAAUGACCUGCUGGUUGUCCCCCCCAACUUCGCCAGGGGCGUGGAGUUUGGGCCGGAUGGCUUCACCAAGCUGACGGAGGUAGACAAGGGGACCGGGACGGAAGAGCUGGGCCCCACACCGCCUGUCGCCGCCGCCGGCAAGGAGGGGAGGGAGACAGGUGUGAUAAACCUCACGUCCGUGCUGCGCGAGGAGGAGGCAGUGUUCCUGGACCUCUGGAAGGACACGGAAGCGGACCGUGCCAAGGAGAUCAAGGCUGCCGCCAAGCCGGCCGUGCAUGCGCUGGCCAUAGACGAAGAGCUUGCAGAGGUCGUACCCAAGGAGGACAUCGUCCCGGUGUUGAGGAUCACAGAGACGGCUCCGCUCCAGGGGCCGACCAGCACCAAGUGGGCAGAGGUGCUGGACGUCUCGCAGCCCGUCACCGACUUCCACCAGCGCAUACCGGACAUGGCGAAGGUGUGGGAGUUCGAGCUGGACCCGUUCCAGAAGCAGGCCAUCUUAAAGCUGGAGGAGCACGCCAACGUGUUCGUCGCCGCCCACACGUCUGCCGGCAAGACAGUGGUAGCAGAGUACGCUAUCGCCCUCUCUCAGAAGAACAAGACUCGAGCUGUUUACACGUCACCCAUCAAAGCAUUGUCAAACCAGAAGUACCGAGACUUCAAGAACACGUUUGGAGAUGUUGGCCUGAUCACUGGAGACUUCCAGAUCAAUCAGACAGCAUCCUGCCUUAUCAUGACCACCGAAAUUCUUCGCUCCAUGUUGUACCGAGGCAGUGAAGUGUCUCGCGACUUGGAGUAUGUUAUAUUUGACGAGGUGCAUUACAUCAAUGAUUCAGAGCGCGGCCACGUGUGGGAGGAGGUGCUGAUUCUGCUGCCCGCGCACGUGAGCAUCGUGAUGCUGAGUGCCACGGUGCCCAACACGCUGGAGUUCGCGGACUGGGUGGGCCGCACCAAGCAGAAGAAGAUGUACGUCAUCAGCACGCUGAAGCGGCCCGUGCCCCUGCAGCACUUCCUGUACACGGGGUCGGGCGGCAAGUCGCGCGACGAGCGCUUCCUGGUGCUCGACGGCGACCGGGUGUUCAACGAGGCCGGGUACCGGGCGGCCGUGGCGGCCAAGAAGUCGCGAGAGACCGCCUUCGCGACCAAGUACGGGCAGCGGGACGCCGGCAGGGUGCAGAUGACGCCCAAGCAGGAGAAGACCAUGUGGAUCGGGCUGAUCGACCACUUGCAGAAGCAUGACAAGCUGCCCGUGGUGGCCUUCACGCUGUCCCGCAACCGCUGCGACCAGACCUCGGAGAACCUGUCCUCCGUGGACCUGACCACGAGCACGGAGAAGCACCGUAUCCGAGCCUUCUUCCAGCAGUGCAUCCAGAAGCUGAAGGAGCCCGACCGGGAGCUGCCGCAGGUGAAGAAAAUGCAAGGCCUGUUGAUGCAAGGAAUUGGCAUCCACCACAGCGGAAUACUGCCGAUACUGAAGGAAAUAGUUGAGAUGUUAUUCCAGGAAGGUCGUGUGAAACUCCUGUUUGCCACGGAAACCUUUGCCAUGGGAGUGAACAUGCCUGCCCGCACGGUGCUGUUCGACUCGAUCCGCAAGUUCGACGGCGUGAGCAUGCGGACGCUCCUGCCCGCGGAGUACAUCCAGAUGGCUGGGCGAGCGGGCCGCCGUGGCCUGGACAAGACCGGCACGGUCAUCAUCAUCUGCAAGGGGGACGUGCCCGCACUGGCGACGCUGCGCGACAUGAUGCUGGGCCAGCCCACGCGACUGCAGUCCAAGUUCCGCCUGACCUACUCGAUGAUCCUGAACCUGCUGCGGGUGCAGAAGAUCUCCGUGGAGGGCAUGAUGUCGCGCUCCUUCAAGGAGCUGGACCACCAGCACAGCCAGGGCCGCUACAAGCGCCAGCUCAAGGCCGUGGAGGAGGAGAUGGAGCGCAUCGGCGGCUCCUCGCAGCCGGGAGCCAACUACGACCAGCUGCUCGAGUUCUACUGCACCGCCUCCGAGUUCCUGCAGCUGUGGGCCGACGUCCGGAGCGAGGUGCUGAGGCAGCCGCGCGCAGCCAAGGAGCUGGUGCCUGGUCGCGUGCUCCUCGUGUCGCACCAGCAGCACGCCAACAAGCUGGCGCUCCUGCUGAAGGUGGAGGCCCUGCGCAAGGAUGAGUAUCGCUACAAGGCACUCGUGCUUGUGGACCGCCACGGACCGCAUGACGGUGACGACGAGGUUCGCCUCUCCGUCAAGGACAAGCCGGAGGGGGAGAGCCGCCAUCGCGGCGAGGCCUGGUACAAGAUGAUGAGCUUUGCAGCGGGCGAGGCCAUCUACGUGCCGGACGGCGUCCCAGACCACGUUGUACUCACCCUCGCGCCGGAGGACAUCUUCGAGAUAACGAACCGCUUCAUCCGGGUCAACACAGACAUCGUCUAUGAUGACUGGACGAAGCGCCAGAAUCCAAGAUUCAGGGACGCGCCGGUGGGACCCACGUGUGCCCAGGCCGUGCAGGAGCUCACGGAACUCACGCACAACGUCCACUCCGGGAACGUGAAGCUGGAGUACUCACUGCUCACCAGGGACCUGCGAGUCAAAGACGUGGACAUCGUGAAGAAGCUGGCGCGCGUCAGCGAGCUGAGGCCGACGCUGUACCAGUUCCCGUGCACCAAGAUUGCUAACUUCGAGCAGCAGUUUGAGGAAGUGUUCCACCGCAAACAGCUUGCUGAGAAGAUAGAGAAGCUGAAGAUACUGCAGUCGGAUCAGAGCCUGUCCCUGUAUCCUGAGUACAUGAACAGGGUGAAGGUGCUGCAGUCGCUCAAGUAUAUUGAUCGCAACAACGCAGUGCAGCUGAAGGGCAAGGUGGCCUGCGACAUCGGCAACCACGAGCUGAUGAUCACGGAGCUGGUGCUGCACAACAUCCUGCUGGACCUGCAGCCGGCCGAGAUCGCGGCCUUGCUGUCCUGCCUUGUGUUCCAGCAGCGCACCAGCGCCCAGCCGCAGCUCACCCAGGCCCUCGUGGACGGCACCAAGAUCAUCCAGGUGAUCGCGGAGGGGAUCAUGUUGGUGGAGGACGCCCACGGCCUGCAGCAGGACUCAGGCCGAGAGUUCGAGAAGCUCAACUUCGGCCUCACAGAGGUCGUGUACGAGUGGGCCAGAGGGAAGAAAAAUAACCCCAUCUAACUGUAUGCAGAAAUGCAGGAAAAAACUGAAAGAGGACCCGGCUCAGUAUGCUGCACAUCUUGCUAUGGAAAGGAAUCGUGAUCAGAAGAGGAGGGAAGAAAGAAAACAUAAACUUUAAACAAGCAAAAGGGACCUUACAAUCAAACGUAGAAAAGAUGCUCUUAGACAGCAGGCUUGCAGAAAGAGGAAAGCAGAAGAAAAAACUAAACUUGCCCUCUCUUUAUCUUCUUCAACAGAAUUAGGGUCCUAUUCUUGUAGGCAAUCUUUGGGAAAAGCUGUGUCCAAGGUUAACGCAGCCCUGCCAAGUAGUCCUAGAAAGAAAAUUGCUGUUAUAAAGAAAUUGUAUAGUUCAGAAAUUAGUAGAGAUACUGUCCUGUCGAAAAACAAAGUUAAGAGGUUAGAUGCAGUAGAUCAUGAAACGGAAAGCAUAGUGAAAGAUUUUUAUUGCAAAGACACUAUAAGUAGGCCAACUCCUGGUCGUAAGGAUUCAAAGUCUGUAAAAAAUCAGGUGACAGGUAAACGGCAGCUUGUACAAAAGCGGUACAUGGUAAUGUCAGUCUUCGAAGCUUUAUAUUUAUUUAAAGCAGAGUAUCCUAACAUAGUAAAUGUGCGCAAGUCCAAAUUUUACGAACUGCGUCCGCAACAUGUUUUGCUGUGUUCUGAAACUCCACACAAUGUGUGUGUUUGUAUAUAUCAUGCAAAUUUUACUUUUCUUGUACAAACUAUAUCAAAUUCAGUGGUUGGGUUCCCUUGUACAUCCAAAGAAGUCUUGAAUGCAAUUUGUUGUGACACAAAAAGUGAAAAAUGUAUGACUUGUCAAUGUGCAGAAUGUAAAAAUGUGUACGAUUUGAUACCAGAUAACCCGGAAACACAAUCUGUUGUAUGGUCACAAUGGUCCGUAAUUGAUGGUAGGCCCAAAUUAACACAAGAUUCUGGGAUGAUAAUGAAUGCAGCUGAACUAUUGCAAGGAAAACUUAAACAUUUCAAGACUCAUUGCUUUGUAAAAGUUAUUCAGGAGGAGCACUCCCAAAACAUGAAAAAAAAACACAUGAAGUGAAGAUUGCACUUUGCAAAUAGAUUUCGCUGAAAAUUUUCCAAUCAUCCAACAAGAUGAAAUUCAAUCAGCCCACUGGUCCCACCAGCAAGUGACCAUAUUUACAGGUUGUGCCUGGGUUGCUGGUACUACGACAUCUUAUGCAGUAAUAAGUGAUAGCUUGAGUCAUGAUAAGUAUGCAGUAACUUAGUAGGUAAGCUGAACAACAGUUUCAUAAAUAACCCUUUUUUUAAAUUAUUAUUUAACUAUGUUAACCCAUUAGCCUCCUACUAUGAAAUUUGGAGAAUCAUUUACCAAAAGUAUAAACUAUUUAUAGGAAUUUUUGAAAAAUUUUCAAAAAUGCACUUUUUGAGAAAAUCAAAAUUUUAAAUUUGAUUUCUCAAAAAACACUUUUUAUAACAAAGUAUGUAGUGUAGUAUAUCAAAAGAAAGAGCAUUUAAAACUGAGUAAAAUUACACCACUGCCAUCUCUCUAGCUCAAUUAUGAGAAAAGCUAUGGUUUUCUCAAAAUAUGUCAGUUACUUUUUUUUUUGGCAGAUUUUGGGAAACUUUAAAUAGCAGUAAUUUUAAAACAGUUUGAGAUAUUUGGGGGGGAAAAAAUGGCAUUUAUCUUAAUCUCUAUGAGAACAACAUUUGUACAAAUUUCAUCAAAUACUGAGGUGGUCAAGUAAAUUUUUUUAUUU